UCCACUAUCAGUGCCAGCUCAACUACUGUCUCCACGUCAGCUCGCCUGCAAGUCACAUAGGCAAAACGGCUGCAUCCGUGGCAACGCGCGUGUCCUUGAACAUAAUUAUAAGUCGUACAAUAAAUUGAGCCUUUCUUAUUUUUCUUUUACAAAAUAAAUACCUAUCAUUACUUAUAAUAUGACUAUUUAGUCUUCUUGAUAAUUAAACUGAAAUAAUUUCAUUUUACCGGGAAUCUACACCAAGGAGUUUGAAAGUGCAUUGUUGCUCUGUCCGGAAAACCACGUAUUAUCUUUCUGCCGUCCGAUGAGACAACAUUGUAGAAAUUACUGCUGAGGCGGUCACGUGAUGCAUAAAUGCAAUCGUUAAGAGAGGGUGACAAAGGGCGUUUUACGUUACCUCGUUUAUAACGGAACAAAUGAAACAAGAUAUCCUGGACGUCCACAACUCUUUAAGGAGGAAUUUUGCGAAAGGUUCGGAGGGGGCGCAUGCCGCUAACAUGAAAGCAUUGCUUUGGGAUGACGAUCUCGCUCGGCAAGCACGGAUACGACUACGGCUGAGUUGUAAAUUUAGUAAUAUUCCAUUCUUUGAAAUAAGCGACAAUGAUAAUUGUUCAAACAUUGCUCGAGUAUCCAAUGGAAAUGUGACGAGGGAUAUUUUGACAUGGUACAGUGAGAUAAAAAAUAAUUUUUACGCGAACGAGAAGCCAAACGGCUUUUGCCACCCUGUAGAAAACUGCUCUCAAGCCACCGUGGUUUUAAAUGCUGAUUUUAGAUAUAUUGGGUGCUCCUACAAGCGAAGAUGUACCAGGACGACUGGGUCUUUUUAUUGUAUUUACAAAAAUGAUAUAGACGAGCCACCAGUGGAGCCACUCGGGACAGUUGGACAGUUCUACACGACAGGCCCACCCUGCACCCAUUGUAAACACAGCACCUCUUUCUGCGACGACGGACUUUGCACAUCAUGUGAUAUAGACCCAGACUUUUGUGAUUGUCGCAAAACAUGUUCGUCACCUCACGGACACGGCAUCCUGGACAGACGCACCUGCUCGUGCAUGUGCCACUACGGCUAUGGUCCCAAUUGUGACGUGCCUUGCGAGAAUCCCUCACGGCACGAUUUCGUAGAUUACGAUAUUUGCGAGGCAAACGAAAACGACAUAACUCCCGAAGAGUGUAAUGUGGACGCCCUCUUGCGACUGUCGUGUCCAAAGACGUGUGGACUAUGUAGGUCACCCAUCUUUCUGUAACACGUGAGCUUGCAACGAAUUCCUCAAAACUACAUCUAAAGCGGCCUGUGUGCAAGAGCUUUUUUGAUCAUCAAAGAGAGACAGCUUAAGAAAUAUAAUCAUGUACAUUUGCAGAUUAUGCUCUCAGCAUUUUGCAUAUUUGACUUGCUGUUGACAUAUAAGUUUCUCCUCGUCACAUAUCACAAACAGAAUACAUAUUUAUGUUUAAAUGUUUUGUAUCUUAUGUUUUACGUUGGUCAUGUGAUUCAAUUACAAUGAUUGGACGAAGAUGCAAAUAUAUUUGCUUUUGAUUAACAUGCUUAGGAACUUCUAGAUAUAGUAACAGGUACAAAAAUGUGAUCGAAAGUACUCUUACGCAAUUUAUUUUUCAGCUAAUAUCACCCAAACAUAAUAUAUACGUUGGAUAUUUUGUGCUCGUUUCGGCAUUAUCAAAUGGUAUUUUAAAAACAUAUUGGGUUCGAAUAUUGGUGAGAUCAGGUCAUUCAUUUUGAUAAAAAGGAACGAAACUAAACGUCGUUGCUGCAAAAUUAUUUAAUUUAAUUCGAAUAUGUCUAAGGAUCUAAAUAUGAUGUUGCUGGCGUUUUCCGA